AUGGCCGCCCCUGCGCCCACCGACUUGCCCUUGGACGCCGACUCGCGGCUCGUCAGCCUCUCCUGCUUCGAUCUGCUGCUGAUUGAACUGGUGCCACUGGCCGAGCGCAUGGCCCGGGCCUACGAGGCGUCUCUAGACCGUCCGCUUCCCUCCCCAACGAGCUCCUCGACGACGACGAAACGGACGUCCAAAGGUCCUCCCCCGACCACCACCAGCGCAACAAACACGACCGUGGCGACGGCCUCCUCCAACACCUCGACCCCCAGCAUCACGGUCACGGGCGCCACCACGACGGCCGCCGCGUCCUCGCAACCCUCGAACACCACCGGCACCCUGCUGGCCGCCGACGGGCUUCCCGCGACCAACAUCUUCGCCGACUCCGUCUACGUGCGUCUCGAACGCCUGGGCUUCCGCGUCGGAGAGGGUCUCAGCGAGCGCAUCUCGCGGGACCGGCCGCGCUUCAACCAGGCCGGGCUCAACGGGGCCAACGUGGGCAACGUGAAUGACCACCACCUGGACGUGAUCAAGUUCCUCUGCAAGGAUAUCUGGGGCGUGGUGUGGAGGAAACAGGUCGAUAACUUGAAGACGAAUCACCGGGGCGUUUUCGUUCUUACCGACAACAAAUUCCGUCCGCUCACGCGCAUGUCUAUGGCCAACCACGCCGAAGCCCUCCAGCGAGCUCGACCGCACCUGUUCUUCCCCUGCGGUGUCAUCCGUGGCGUGCUGAGUAGCUUGGGAAUCAAAGCCACCGUCCAGGCCGAGACAAUAGAACUACCCGGUGCGAUUUUCCAGAUUACAACGGUGCAGCCCCAAAUAAGGCCGUGA